CGGUAAUGAGAGUAGCGGCUAUAGAGGGGUUCGGGACGUGGCAGCAAAACACGCUUCACUCUCUCUGCGGAUUUACAGCAAACACCCAACAAACGAGCUGAAAACAUCCAGCAGAAGUUGAGGAUUAGUGCAGGAUUAGGUGGAUCUGUCAGUGAUCAGAGGCUGAAGCAGGAUCCUGUGCUGGAGAUGGGGGUUCUGGCUGUAUUCGUGUGGACCGUGUGCUGCAUCACCUGCAGCGUACACGCAGAGAUCUUCACAUCAAUCGGUCAGAUGACGGAUCUGCUGUUUACAGAAAGAGAACUGGUUCAGUCUCUAAAGGAAUAUAUCCAGGCUGAGGAGUCCAAACUCGCUGCUGUGAAACGAUGGGCUGAUAAGCUGGAGGUUCUGACCCGGGCCUCCACCUCGGACCCGGAGGGGUUCCUGGCUCACCCAGUGAACGCCUAUAAACUGGUGAAGAGGCUGAACACCGAGUGGUCCGAGCUGGAGAGCCUCGUGCUACACGACCCUUCAGACGGGUUCAUCUCCAACAUCUCGGUGCACAGGCAGGUCUUCCCGGAUCAGGAGGACGAGAACGGGGCGGCCAAAGCUCUGAUGCGUCUGCAGGACACGUAUAACCUGGAUUCGGAGAGCUUUUCUAAAGGGAAGCUGCCAGGUGUGCGCUACAACGCGUUCCUGACGGUAGACGACUGUUUCGACAUGGGGAAAACUGCGUAUAAUGAGAACGAUUAUUACCACGCGGUGCUGUGGAUGCAGCAGGCGCUCCGGCAGAAGGACGCCGGGGAGGAGGCUAAAGUACCGAAGGCUGAGAUCCUGGAUUACCUCAGUUACUCCGUGUAUCAGAUGGGUGACCUGCCACGAGCCAUCGAGCUGACCCGGCGCCUGGUGUCCAUCGAUCCCAGCCACCAGAGGGCAGGAGGGAACCUGCGGUACUUCGAGCGGCUGCUCUCUAAAGAGCUCAGAGAGAUGGAUCAGAACCGUCCGGAACCGACGGAGGAGAAACCCAUUCAGCUGGGGACAUACGAGCGCCCGCGGGACUACCUGCCCGAGAGAGAGGCGUACGAGGCUCUGUGCAGAGGAGAGGGCAUCAGAAUGACUCCACAGAGAAGCAGCAGGCUGUUCUGCCGGUACCAGGACAGGAACAGGAACCCCCGCCUCCUGCUGAAGCCCAUGAAGGAGGAGGACGAGUGGGACAGUCCGCACAUCGUACGCUACCUGGAGGCCCUGUCUGAUGAAGAAAUGAACAGAAUUAAGGAACUGGCGAAACCCAAGUUGGCGAGGGCCACAGUGAGAGAUCCUAAAACAGGCGUGCUGACCACAGCGCAAUACAGAGUCUCCAAAAGUGCGUGGUUGGAAGAUGAGGAUGAUCUGGUCAUCAGACGCGUCAAUCAGAGAAUAGAAGAUGUUACAGGUCUAACAGUGGACACUGCUGAACUUCUACAGGUUGCUAACUAUGGGGUCGGAGGUCAAUACGAGCCACAUUUUGAUUUCUCCAGACGUCCUUUUGACAGCAACCUCAAGGUUGAUGGAAAUAGACUUGCCACCUAUCUGAACUAUAAAGAUGAGCCCGAUGCUUUCAAAUCAUUAGGCACAGGAAAUCGCGUGGCUACUUAUUUAAAUUAUAUGAGUGAUGUAGACGCAGGUGGAGCCACGGUGUUCCCGGACUUUGGAGCUGCUAUUUGGCCGAGAAAGGGAACAGCAGUGUUCUGGUAUAACCUGUUCCGGAGUGGAGAGGGGGACUACCGGACCCGACACGCCGCCUGCCCUGUUUUAAUAGGAAGUAAAUGGGUGUCCAAUAAAUGGAUUCACGAGAGAGGUCAGGAGUUCAGGCGACCCUGUGGACUGACGGAAGUGGACUGAGUGGAAUUUAAGCCGUAAAUCACAUGAUCAGCUUCACCUGCAAUACCUGAACUGUGACACACACUCCACACACACACACACACACACACACACACACACACUCCAGUGCAGAACUGGCUAGCUGAGCGUUCAGCCAUGUGGAACACUCCAUGAAUGGGAAUGUAUGGAGGUAAAGACUGUUGCACUGUGGAGUUGGGUGGAAUUCCAGGUGCCUUAAAGGCUUUCUUAUUUUCCUUUAUCUUUCCUUUAUUGUUUCUUUUCUUUCUUUUCUUUCAUUUCUUUCUGUCAGCAUUUAUUGUUCUUUAGCCGCAUGAAAAUAAAGAGUACCUGGUAACAAUUCCUAUGAAUCCUGUAUUUAUAAUGCAUCAUAAUAUGGAUGCACCAAUGUGUGAACUCUGGACCAAUGGGAAAAAAUAAGAGAGCACUUAAAAACCUCUGGAAUAUAAUCAAGAGGAAGAUGGAUGAUCACAAGCCAUCAAACCACCAAACUGAACUGCUUGAAUUCUUACACCAGGAGUAAAGCAGCAUAAAGUUAUCCAAAAGCAGUGUGUAAGACUGGUGGAGGAGAACAUGAUGCCAAGAUGCAUGAAAAAAACUGUGAUUAAAAAUCGCCAGGAUUAUUCCACCAAAUAUUGAUUAUUUCUGAACUCUUAAAACUUUAUGAAUAUGAACUUGUUUUCUUUACAUUAUUUGAGGUCUGAAAGCUCUGCAUCUUUUUUGUUAUUUCAUCCACAAAAAAUGAAGAGAUCACUUCAGUUUCUGAAUCAGUUUCUCUGAUUUUGCUAUUUAUAGGUUUAUGUUUGAGUAAAAUGAACAUUGUUGUUUUAUUCUAUAAACUACAGACAACAUUUCUCCCAAAUUCCAAAUAAAAAUAUUCUCAUUUAGAGCAUUUAUUUACAGAAAAUGAGAAAUGACUGAAAUAACAAAAAAGAUGCAGAGCUUUCAGACCUCAAAUAAUGCAAAGAAAACAAGUUCAUAUUCAUAAAGUUUAGUUAGUAGAGUUCAGGAAUCUUUGAAUAUUUGGUGGAAUAACCCUGAUGGUUUUAAAUCACGUUUUUUUUCAUGCAUCUUGGCAUCAUGUUCUCCUCCACCAGUCUUACACACUGCUGUUGGAUAACUUUAUGCUGCUUUACUCCUGGUGUAAAAAAAAUCUGGUUCUUGGUUUUCCUCUUGAUUAUAUUCCAGAGGUUUUCAAUUUGGUAAAAUCAGAAAUUUUAAGUGGUCUGUUAUUUUUUUCCAGAGCUAUAUAUAUAUAUAUAUAUAUAUAUAUAUAUAUAUUGCAUAAAUAUAUAUAAAUACAGGAUUUAUAGCAAGCGUUGCUAAAUCCGUCAGCGAUAUCCAGCAGAGUAUCCUCCCCCUACUGGAGAGCAGGGCACUGAGCAGAAUUGGGGCACCGUGUGUCUGGAUGGAAAGCGUGGAUGAGCUGAAGUUCAGUUUGGGGAAACUACAAUAAUCUACGAUCAGCAGAACCUCGUUCUUUAUUUAUGGAAUGUGUAAUUUAUGACAUUGUUUUAAGACUUUCCUUCUUUAAAUAUGUAUCAAAUACAGUCUAUGAUGCACAAUAAAACAUAUAAAUUGUG